AUGGCUGAUUCAGCUCGUCCUAAAGCUUUAGUGGCUGAAAAGCUCUCCACUGAAGGACUCGCUCUUCUACGCGAAACACUGGAAGUCCAUGAGCGCCAUAAACUGUCCCCAGAGCAGCUACUGGCGAUUAUCCCCCAUUAUGAUGCAUUGCUGGUUAGAUCAGAGACGAAGGUGACGGCUGGUCUGCUACGAGCCGCAAAGAAACUCAAGGUUGUUGCCAGGGCGGGAGUAGGCGUGGAUAAUAUUGAUGUUGAAGAGGCCUCGAAACUUGGUAUCGUCGUGGUCAAUUCGCCCUCCGGUAAUGUCGAAGCAGCAGCAGAGCAUACAAUUGCUCUAAUGCUCUCCCUGGCGAGAAAUAUCCCACUUGCUUGCAGUGGCCUGAAAGCUGGACAGUGGGAAAGGAGCAAUCUAGUUGGUGUAGAGGUCAAGGGGAAGACACUGGGAGUCAUAGGUCUCGGGAAAGUUGGCCUGACUGUUGCAAAGCUGGCGAAAGGUUUGGGGAUGAUCGUGGUGUCACUCGACCCAUAUUCUCCGCCAGCCGUGGCAGCUUCUGCCUCGGUAGCACUGGUGUCUUCGCUAUCGGAGCUACUCCCGGUAGUAGACUUCUUGACCAUACACACGCCUUUGAUUUCAUCAACAAGGAACAUGAUAUCGGCAUGUGAGAUAGCCCAGAUGAAGCCUGGAUCACGAAUUCUAAACGUUGCCCGGGGCGGAACCGUUGAUGAGGUGGCUCUAUUAGCGGCUCUGGAGUCUGGACAUCUGGCUGGCGCUGCUGUCGACGUCUUUACUUCAGAACCUCCUGAACCACACUCCAGUGCUGCAAAGUUGAUAUCUCAUCCGCGCGUAGUAGCCACUCCCCAUCUGGGCGCAUCAACCAUGGAAGCUCAAGAGAGCGUCUCGAUCGAUGUGUGCGAACAGGUCCUACAGAUUCUCAAAGGAUCUCUACCUCGGAGCGCAGUGAAUACCCCGUUGAUCCUCCCAGAGGAAUAUAGCAAACUGCAGCCUUUUGUGUAUCUUGUUGAGAAAAUGGGUAGUCUCUAUACACAACACUUUGCCUCUGCCAACAAUGGACCCAUGCAGAGGAGUACAUUCGACCUGAUUUACCAAGGAGAGCUGGCCAACAUCAGUAACACGAAGCCUCUGUUUGCAGCCCUGAUGAAAGGACUCAUUUCACCGAUCAGCAGCUGCGCGGGUCUUAAUAUCAACAUAGUUAAUGCGGAGCUAAUAGCCCGCGAGCGCCACAUCAUCGUCAAUGAGCAGCAUUCGCGUGACACGUCUUUCCAACCAUAUUCGUCGCUUGUAACAUUGAUAGCACGGCCUCCCCCAUUAACAUCGCCACACAGCACAGAUGAAGCCAAGCAGCAAUAUCAGAUCAUCUCCGGUACCUGUUCCGGAUGCCAGCCGAUUAUCAAUCGUCUCGGUCGCUUUGCCACAUCCUUCGUGCCGGAAGGGACGCUGAUUAUAUGCAGAAAUUACGAUUCUCCAGGUAAGAUCGGAGUCGUAGGUAGUAUCCUUGGCAGGGAAGGGAUCAAUAUCAAUUUUAUGGCCGUUGCUCCGAUUUCUAAGAAACCACUUGACACCCUGGGUGGGCAGAUUAUUUCUGCAAUUGAGAAUGACAGUAAAUAUAAAACUGUUCCGGAAGAGGAUAGGCAAGAUUCAGAAGCUGCAAAGGACGCAUUGAUGAUCCUCAGUGUUGAUCGCCUCGUUAGUGAACAUGUUGCUGAGGCAUUAGUUCGCGAGGGAGGAGUGUUGGACGUCAGUGUUGUUACGCUUUAA